AUGACUUGGAAUAGAAGAUAUGACAGGUGGGUAGCCGUCGCAGUCUGCCUGACCGUGCUGGCAGUGGGGACAUGGUUGGGGCUGCCGACGCCGGAGCGGGCCUCGUCAGCCGCCAGUGCCGUGACGUCUGUCGCAAGAGACUUGCCGCCGGCCGCGCCUCGGACAACGCACGCGCUCUCUCCCGUCGAGCUGCGCGCUGCCAUGCACAGCCGCCACGCUGUUACACGGAACCUGCCAAAAUACGGCCCUCUCUCCGCCGAUACCACCAUUAUCGUCGUGCAAGUGCACCAAGACGGGACGAGUCUGCGUCGUCUUAUCGACAACCUCUCCCGUGUGCUCUACAUCCAGAGCACAUUGCUUAUAUUCUCGCACGCUUACUACGAUGAUGGCAUCAACGAGUCUGUGGAUAGCGUGAACUUUUGUCGAACUAUGCAACUGUUUUAUCCGUACUCCGUUCAGCUGAACCCAAAAUGGUUCCCCGGAUUAGAAGAGAGUGGCGAAAACGUGGCCUGGCGCGUGGAGACCAAGCUGCACUGGUGGUGGCAGGCUCACUACGUGUUCGACAACAUCGGCGGCGCGGCGGGCGACGCGCCCGUACUGUUCCUACAGGAGCAGCACGUAGUGGCGCCCGACAUGCUGUACAUGCUGCGGCACGCACAGCGCGCGCUCGCCGAGCUCCCGUCCGCUCACGUGUUGGCGCUGGGUCGCGAGCCGGCACGCCGGCUCGAGCCCGACCUGCUACUCCUCGACGCCUGGCGGCCGCCCUACGACGUGGGCCUCGCGUUCAACCGGACCACGUGGAUCAAGAUCGCCGCGCUCGCGAUUCAGUUCUGCACUUACGAGGACUGCAGCUGGAGCUACUCGCUGCUGAACGUGUUUGCCGCGUUUCCGGGUGGGCGCUGCGACAUGGUGGCGUGCGUGGCGCCGCGUGUACUGGUAGCACGCGCUGGACGACCGGCGCCCGCGUGGGUCCGGCAGUUCCCUACGCACGUGCGCGCCGUGUACGCGUGGACCACACAUGCGCGGUUAGAGGGCCCGGCCGCGUUCGCCGGCACCGCGUCCGCCGCUGACUGCGCGCGCCUGCGAGACCAGCUUUUCUGCCUCGACCCGCUCAUCGACAUCGACACGGACUAUUUCAAUGACACUGCUAUUUGA